AUUCGUUUCAGAUUGGAAACAGCCACACGUCGUCGUUCUGUAUGGAAUGGUGCUUGCGCCGGCAUGUCUCGCGGCACUGGAGGCGGCCGAACAUGGACGACUACGAGAGUUGGAGCGCAUCUUGCUCGAGUCCCCAGAGACAGCGUCCUGCGCCGACACGGACGGGUACACUCCAAUCCACCGCGCGAGCUACAAUGGGCACAUCAAGACGAUUGAGCUGCUGCUGGCACACAAGGCGGAUCCGACUGCGCUGACGAACGAUGGCUGGCUCCCACUGCAUUGCGCAGCCAAGUGGGGAUUUGCUGGCGUUGUGCAGAUGCUUCUCAACCUGGGCGCCGGCAGUGUCAAUGCUACGACGCAUGGAGGCCAAACGCCGCUGCACCUUGCCGCCGCGAGUGGAGAACGAGGCUACAAUGUCAUCAUGCUGCUCAUCUCAUGGCCACACGUCCAGCUCAACGCAAGAAACUCGCAGGGCGACACUGCCAGCGAUAUUGCGCGCCGUCAUUUGCCCUAUGGCAUGACCAACAUGCUCGAUCGGUUGAGUGACAGUUAGGGACAAAUGCUUCAAGAAUUACGAGUGUGCACGCAAGUGUUGAAUCAGAAGGAAAAGGGGCACCACGAAGGUGCAUGUAUAAUACAAUAAUUCACAACCACAA